UUUAACAUGAAUCUUUCCAUGUCUGCGUGCAAACCAGUACAACCUCGAGUGAAUUUGGGGCUAGAGCCUUUGUUCCACAGGAAAGAUAAGCUGGUGUCUGUAAUGGGAGCAACCGGCACCGGCAAGUCCCGCCUGGCAAUCGACCUGGCCACCCGUUUUCCAGCUGAGAUUGUAAAUUCAGACAAAAUCCAAGUUUAUAAAGGCCUAGACAUUGUAACUAACAAAGUCACUGAAGAGGAGUGCCGUGGGGUCCCGCACCAUUUGCUAGGCAUAGUAGAUCCCAACGCGAAUUUCACAUCGAUGGACUUCCGACACCAUGCAUCACUUGCUGUUGAAUUCAUACUCGCCCAAGGCCGCCUCCCAAUCAUUGCCGGGGGCUCCAAUUCGUACAUCGAGGCAUUGGUGAACGAUGAUCCUGAAUUUCAGUUACGGUACGAAUGUUGCUUCCUAUGGGUUGAUGUGUCAUUGCCCGUGUUACACUCAUUUGUGUCCGAACGGGUUGAUAAGAUGGUGCAAGCAGGCUUGGUUGAUGAGGUUAAACGAAUAUUUGAUCCAAUGGCUGAUUAUUCCCGGGGGAUUAGACGUGCAAUUGGGGUCCCUGAAUUGGACCAAUACUUUCGUUCUGAAUCAAUUCUUGAUGCCAAAAUUCGAGCUAGGUUGCUUGAGACGGCCAUUUCAAAAAUCAAGGAAAAUACGUGUAUUCUUGCCUAUCGUCAAUUGCAAAAAAUUCGCCGCCUUUAUAACCAUUGGAAUUGGAGAAUGCACCGGAUUGAUGCCACAGAAGCAUUCCUAAAGCGCGGCGACGACGCUGAGGAGGCAUGGGAGAGACUCGUGGCGGGACCAUGCACAAUGAUCGUGGACCGAUUCCUCUAUGACGAGAAUAGCGUUGCCACCAUUGUACCAGCCAACUCCGCGAUGGUCGCCGCAGCCGCCACAUCAUCAGUCCCCAUCCCAGCGGUUGCGACAGCAACCCGUUAAAGGCCGUACAAAUGGAAGCAUUUUAGGAAGCUGUGCGGGCUGUGUGAUUUCCGUACUUGGAUGCGGUGUGAAUGCAUCAAGCAUGAUACGGGAGUCUCUCUUCUAUGGGGUCUAUUCAUUUGAUCGAACCAAAAGUCUAAUAAGUCCAUGUAUUCCAAUGCCUUGUGUAAGUGACGAUGGGUGGCAUUUGAGUCUUUUUAUUUGCUUUCUUACUUAAAAUGAUACCUAGCAUUAUAUAUAAAGAAAUCAUUGGAAUAUCAGAAGCUGUCCAUCUUUUGCAACUCCAUGAUUGCUAAAUCAAGUGCCAUUCAUUCCAGACCAGAUGGUUUUAGAACCUUAGAAAUCUUGGAACCCCUUCCAAAAAAAAUUCUCUUGAUGAUGGAGAGAGUAUAUGCUUUUUGAUUGACAGUUGAUGGGUAUCAACGAUUGUGAUUGAACUUUUUCAUGCGAAUCUGGAAAAGGAGCAAGGGCUUAACAGUUGCAAUUUGGUGGGGUCAAUGCAGAAGCCCUUGUCCUCAGCCAUUUCAAUUGAUUCUAAUCCAUAUAAUAUGGUGCUUUAUGCCACUCACCUCUCACCGCCUCUUAUUUACAUUUCGAUCAUAUCAUGUUUU